UAACAACACUAACUUCGGACGCAGAUUUUAGUUCUUGUUCAAAGGACGAAUCAAUCGCGAGGAACAUGAGUGCGACGCUGGUCAGCAUCGCUGAGGAGGACUUUUUCGGUACCGUAAUACGCUACGGAUUGUACGUGGGUGCCAUCUUUCAAAUGGUUUGCCUGGCUGCGUGCAUUGUGCUCCCCGACGGAAGUGCCGAUGGGUUGAACGGGUCAAAGGGCAACGACAGCGAGGACUCCAGUUCGGAGCAUUCGUCGCCACAGAAUACUCCCCGACGUCCGUACCAUCGGAGCCGCAAGCAGGAUAAGAAGAAAAGGCGUUAAGCCUUAAAUGAAAUAAUACUUACAUACUUGGUAUUGGAUAUUAUUUAUGUAUUUUAAGUUAGGAAGUUUAUUUUAAGUAUGCAUCAGUAUUGUUGCAAUAGACCAUGUUGGUGAUAUGUGAUUUUAAAUUUAGUGUCAAUCCGGAGACAACGAGUUUUUUUGUUGGGGAAAUUUUCUAGACUUUCUGGGCAUGAGUGUAAUUACUGUGGCAGUGAUAAAGAAGUACUUUUGAAGAGAAGCAGGUCAUGUUUCAGUAGGAACGCAUAGCUAGAAAGACGAUGUAGAAAUUUUGUAAUUCUUACGUUUAAUACUUGGUUAUUUUCAUUACUAUAUAGAAUAGAGUAAAGAAACUAUAGAGGACGAAUGUCGCUGCUGUUCCCUUUGUUCUCGUUCGCAAACAUGUCGGGUAUCUAUCUGUCAAACUGCAUACUUUUUCGCUUUGACACUUAUAUCCCGGCCUAUCUCCGCCAGCAAAAGAUGUUGCGGCAGCGACGCCAGCGACAUUCCUCCUCUAUAGUUUAUUAACUCUAUUCUAUAUAGCUGUACCUUUUUUGUUAGUCCCUUAAUCUGUUCUAUUAUUUUGACACUCAUGCAAGUAUAACAUUUCUCAUAUGAAGCUGCCAAAAGUGAGUAAGUAUAAUAAUGAAUUUCCGACCGUCAGUAGCAGGUACACAAACAGUAGGGUCUAGGAUCAUUUGGGCAGGAGCACCUAUUUUGGGCACUUGCUGUUAUAACUCGGUCAAUUUCAAACCGAUUGACUUGAAUUUCUGCACAUGGCUAGAUACUGUGCGUAUCUGUUCGUGUCUAAAAAAUCAAGUCAAACGGUUCUAAAUUGACUGAGCUAUAGCAGCAAGUGCCCAAAAUAGGUGCUCCUACCCAAAUGGUCCCGGACUUUAUCAUGAAGAAUCUCAGACAACUCAAAGUAAACAUUUUCAAAACUACUAAAUAGGUGUUUGAAUCAACGUAUGGCAUCUUCAGUAAUGUAUGCGAUGUUUAAAAUGUGCAUCAAAUAAAAUUCGUAACUGCUGAAAGAUUAAACUUUACUGAAGAUUGCCUCUUGUGCUUAAUCAUUCAUAUCUAAGUUUAAUUAUAUGAAAGAUAAAGUUAUCCGACUAACAGAUAAUUUUGUAGAAAUGCUUGGUAAUCUUCAAACGCAAUUCCAAUAGUCAUGAAUUGACAAAAUAAAAUCCCAUUAAAAUCUA